AGUGGGCGCCAUAUUGUCUUGUUCGUGAAGACGAGGAGCGAAGGGGGAGGAAGCGGCGGCGAAGCGGCGGCAGCGCCCGUGGCCGGCGGGGGGAGGCGAGGGAGCGGAAUAUAUAAAGGAGUAAAGAUGUGGGAUCAAGGUGGGCAGCCUUGGCAGCAGUGGCCUUUGAACCAGCAGCAAUGGAUGCAGUCAUUCCAGCACCAACAAGAUCCAAGUCAGAUUGAUUGGGCUGCACUAGCUCAAGCAUGGAUUGCUCAGCGAGAGGCCUCAGGGCAGCAGGGCGUGGUGGAACAACAAGGAAUGAUGCCAAAUGGACAGGAGAUUUCAGGAGUAGAAUCUGGUGCAAACAACCAUAACAAUUUUCAGGGGGAUCCCAACUUCAACAGAAUGUGGCAGCCAGAAUGGGGAAUGCCUCACCAACCCCCUCAUCCACCUCCAGAUCAGCAAUGGAUACCUCCAGCCCAAGGUCCAAUGGAAAUCGUUCCUCCAUCUGAAGACAGCAACAGUCAGGACAGUGGGGAAUUUGCCCCUGACAACAGGCAUAUAUUUAACCAGAACAAUCACAACUUUGGGGGACCUCCCGAUAACUUUGCAAUGGGGCCAGUGAACCAGUUUGACUAUCAGCAUGGGGCUGCUUUUGGUCCACCCCAAGGUGGAUUUCAUCCACCUUAUUGGCAGCCAGGACCACCAGGGCCACCAGGUCCACCAGCACCUCCAGCACCUCCUCAGAACCGAAGGGAAAGACCCUCAUUCAGAGAUCGUCAGCGUUCACCUAUCACGAUGCCUGUGAAGCAGGAGCCUCCACAGAUUGAUGCUGUGAAACGCAGAACGCUUCCUGCUUGGAUUCGUGAGGGUCUGGAAAAGAUGGAACGAGAAAAACAGAAAAAGCUGGAGAAAGAGCGAAUGGAGCAACAACGCUCUCAGAUGUCUAAAAAAGAAAAGAAAGGCACUGAGGAAACUGAAGAAGGAGAUGGUCCACGGUUACCUCAAAAAAGUAAAUUUGACAGUGAUGAAGAAGAUGAUGAUGUUGAAAAUUCAGAGGCUGUAAGUGUUGGAAAAGUCAGCAGGAGUCCAUCUCCAGCUCUUCCAGAGGAGCAAAGCGAACCAGAAAUGACAGAAGAAGAAAAGGAGUAUCAGAUGAUGUUUUUGACAAAAAUGCUACUGACAGAAAUCCUUUUAGAUGUCACAAACGAAGAAAUUUAUUACGUUGCCAAAGACGUACACCGUAAAGCAACUAAAGCUCCUGCAAAACAGCUGGCACAGUCCAGUGCACUGGCUUCCCUCACUGGACUCGGUGGACUGGGUGGUUAUGGAUCAGGAGACAGUGAGGAUGAGAGGAGCGACAGAGGCUCUGAAUCAUCUGACACUGAUGAUGAGGAACUACGACACAGAAUCAGGCAAAAACAGGAAGCGUUUUGGCGAAAAGAAAGAGAGCAGCAACUAUUGCUAGAAAAACAGCUAGAAGAAGAAAAACUACAAAAUGAAAAAAUUCCAAAAGAUAUGAGUGAAUAUACCAACAAAGAGCAAAAUAGCAGCUUUUCACCGUGUGAAAUAAAAGAAACCGAGGAUGACAUGGUUAAUGAAAAGAAAAGAUCCCCAAGUGAAACUGCACCAGAUACUGAACUCAAAAAAGAUGUUAAAGAAAGGGAAAGAAUAGGAAGGAGUAGAUCAAGAAGUUCUAGUAGUGGUAGCAGUAGCAGCAAUAGCAGAAGCAGUAGUAGCAGCAGCACUGUGUCUAGUUCUUCGUAUAGUACUAGCUCAGGUAGUAGCCGCAGUUCUUCACGUUCUUCCUCUCCUAAAAGGAAGAAGAGGCAUAGUCGCAGUAGAUCUCCUUCACAUAAAGUUAGACGCAGUAGAAGCAGGAGUUAUUCUCAUAGAAAUCGUAGAGAAAGGAGUAGAAGUAGGGAGAAGAUAAGAGAAAGGAGGCGGUCCAGCAGAAAUAGAAGUAUGGAAAGAGGGGAAAGACGACGAAAUCGUAGUCCUUCCCAAGAAAGGAGUUGGGAGAGACAUAGAAGCAGCAGUCAUUCAAGAGACAGGAGAGCUAGUCGCGCUAGUCGCAGCAGGAGUAGGGAUAGGCGUAAAAGUGAUGACCAGCAUAGAAAUCUUAGUGGAAAUAGGCAUAAACAUAAAGGUGAUGGUAAAGAUCAGGAGAGGAAAAAGGAACGAAGUAGGAGCAUAGAUAAGGAUAGGAAAAAGAAUAGAGAAAGGGAUCGAGACCAAGAAAAAAGAAAAGAGAAGCAAAAAAAAGAAGAAAAAGAUAGUAAGACAGGAAAUCAUGAUGAAAAUAGGUUAAAAAGAAAAAGAGAAAGUGAAAGAACUCUUUCUCGAAGUGAUUCAAUAUCUGUUAAAAUAUUAAGACAAGAUUCUAGACAGGAAGGCAAAAAAAGUUCUACCAAAGAUAGUAAAAAACAUUCAGGCUCUGAAUCUAGUGCAAGGAGCAGUUCUGAAUCACCAGGGAGUAGCAAAGAAAAGAAGGCUAAGAAAUCGAAGCACAGUCGAUCGCGAUCCAUGGAGAAAUCUCAAAGGUCUGGUAAGAAGGCAAGCCGCAAACACAAGUCUAAGUCACGAUCAAGGUCAACCACCCCUCCCCGUCGUAAACGCUGAGGAAUGAGGUGGCACCAGUGUGAUGACGUUUUAAAAAUUCCAUGAGUUAUAAAGGCUUGUCUCAUUAUAGAGGCACAUUGUGGCUAUGUAGGUGAAAUCAGAAUCCUUUUUUUAAUCUGUAAAUAGGUGUAUUUUUUCCAAAUGCUGCUCAGAGUUAAAUACUUACUUGGAUUUCUUUGUAUGACAUUUUUUCAAAAACAGUAGUGCUUAAUAAGAAUAUAAACAUGCCAUUCUCUUUCAGCUGUAAUGUUCUUAAAAUUACUAUUGAAUGUACUGUGAUGUCAAUAAAGCUCUUUAGUUCAUUUUUGUUUAAA